AGUCUGGACCUGAGAACACCAGAGACCAGAUAUGGAUUCCUCAGAGCUGUAAGACUUGUGACCAUGUUGAGGAAUCCACACACUGGCUUCAGAUUGAACCCUUGACUUCCACUGUCCAGGGAGUGACAAUGUUCAGGCACAGGACACCCAAAGGGCGUUAUGAGUGCACAGUGUCUGGGCUCCGCUGGGUGUGUGAGAGAGAUGUCAUUCUGAAGUAUCACUUCAGGAACUGGGAACCCUACAGUCAACUUCUGAAAGACAUGCAGUACGGACAAGGUGGUCCAUUGCUGGACAUCACUAUGGAGUUAGGUGAACUGGAAGAAGUUCAUCUGCCACACUUUGUCUGUUUAGGGACCAACCCUUCCCUGAGGAAUGAGAUGAAGAUUCUUCAUGUAGAGGAACAUGGAGUGUCUGUUGAGGAAGUGCAUGAGGUCACCAGAUUCCAUGCUAAGAUUCUCCAUCCCAAGUUCUCACCUAUCGCUGUUAUACUGAGCUAUAUAUUUUUUUGGAACGUAGAUGUCCACUGUGACGUGGUCCUCUAUAUGGCAGUAAAAAAGGCAACAGUAAUUUCACGGCUGUACAUGCUCCUCAGAAACUCCAGUCAGAAAGAGGCUGUUCGGGACCGGGAGAAACAUCAGGUGUCCCAAGGAUAUUCAGAAUUUCUGCUGUCAAGUCCAAACGGGUCCUUAAAGCUGAACAGUUGGUUUGCAGUCAAGAAUCCCCAUUCCUCCUCCAUCUAUCCAGAGGUGCAGUUUUAGCAAGCUGAGGACAUG